AUGAGUGAAAAAAUUGAUACUAAUAUUUUAAAGAAAUAUGAAAUAAUGAAUAAGAUAGGAAAAGGAGCAUAUGGAAUAGUUUGGAAGGCAAGAGAUAUUAAAUCUCAACGUAUAGUUGCUUUAAAGAAAGUAUUUGAUGCUUUUAGUAAUCCAACUGAUGCCUAACGAACGUAUAGAGAAGUAUAAAUAAAUCUUUUAUUCUAGGUUAGCUUUUUAAAACAACUAAAUCAUCCUAAUAUUAUUCAAUUAAUAGAUACAUUUCCUGCAGAAAAUCAAAAUGACCUUUAUUUGAUUUUUGAAUAUAUGGAAACUGAUCUUCACAUUGCCAUUCGAGCCAAAAUCUUACAACCUCUUCAUCGAAGAUAUAUCAUAUAUUAGUUAUUUAAAGCUCUAAAAUAUAUUCAUUCUUCUGGGAUGAUACACAGGUAUUAAUUCUAUUUUGUAACUAUCUAGAGAUUUAAAGCCUGCAAAUAUUUUAUUAGACUCAGAAUGUAAAAUAAAAUUAGCAGAUUUUGGUUUAGCAAGGAUGGUUUGUACAUUAGAAUAAGAUAUAUUAACUGAUUAUGUGGCAACAAGAUGGUUCAGAGCUCCUGAAAUUUUAUUAGGAUCAAAAUCUUAUUCAUUUGGAGUAGAUAUGUGGUCUAUAGGUUGCAUGAUUGGAGAAAUGAUACUUGGAAAAGCUUUGUUCUCAGGAAUAUCAACAAUAAAUCAAUUAGAAAAGAUAAUAGAAGUUUUAGGUAUACCAACAUAAGAAGAAAUUUAGAGUUUAGGAGGUUAAAAUUAAUUAUUNCACUACAUUUAAUUUGAUAUAACUCCUUAAUUGAAAAAAUCUUAAAAAUAAACAACAAUAAAACUUCAAUAUGAUAAUUUAAAUUUAAUAUUGAUUUAUUAUUGCAUUCAAAACUUCAUGAAAAUAUCAUUAUUUUUUUGA